AACUUCGUUAAAAUGGCGUUGUGGUUGUUGUUGCUGAUUGCUGUAGUAUCGCUGCUAUAUUAUUACGUGCGACGUCGUUACAGCUACUGGAAAGAUAAGGGUAUUCCUCAACUUGAACCAACCAUUCCGCUUGGUAAUUUGAAAGGUGUUGGAAGCACACGAAGUUUUGCCGAAUUGCUCGAUGAGGCGUAUCAGCGAUUCCUCGGACAGUCACCCGUUACCGGGAUGUACUUUCUUACCAGCCCCAUACUGUUGGUGACAGAUCUGGAUCUUGCGAAGCAAAUGCUGGUAAAAGACUUCCAUCGCUUUCACGAUCGUGGAAUGUACGUAAAUGAACGGGACGAUCCACUGUCCGGACAUCUGUUUUCGAUCGGCGGUGAACGAUGGCGCUAUCUGCGCAACAAACUCAGUCCUACGUUCACCUCGGGCAAAAUUAAAUCGAUGUUCAUAACGAUUCGCGAGAUUGGUGAUGAGUUUUUGGCCUCGUUCGAUAAGUACAUCGAUCAGGACGAACCGAUCGAUAUUAAGUUACUGUGCCAGUGCUUUACGUGUGAUGUGGUAGGAUCGUGUGCGUUUGGGUUGCAGUGCAACUCGUUGAAAAACGAAGGAUCGAAGCUGCUUGACAUCGGUGACAAAGUAUUUCGACAGGGUCCCCUGCGUAUGAUUUACUCGAUUGCGAUAGGAAUUUUCCCAUCGCUUUCGAGAGCACUCCGUUUGCCUGCGCUGCCUGGCGAAGUUUCCUCGUUCUUCCGACCACUAGUACGAUCGACGGUGGAACAUAGAGAACGCAACGCGAUCGAGCGUCCCGACUUCCUUAAUCUAUUGAUACAACUCAAAAAUAAGGGCACGGUUGAGGACGAUUCGCAGGAAGGGCUGGAAAAGUUAACGCUUGAUGAGGUGUCUGCACAAGCGUUUGUGUUUUUCUUUGCCGGUUUUGAGACCUCCUCAACGACGCUGUCGUUCGCAUUGUUUGAGCUGGCCAACAAUGCAGAGAUUCAGGAACGGGUGCGUGCCGAAGUGUUGGAAAAGCUCAAGCUUCACGACGGCCAGAUUACGUACGACGCACUCAAGGAGAUGACGUACCUCGAUCAGGUUAUCAAUGAAACGUUGCGUUUGUACACACCCGUGCCACAGCUGAUGCGAGUAUCGAACGAACCGUACCACCUUCCAACACUGAAUGUAACGCUGGAUAAAGGAACAAUGGUGUUUAUUCCAGUGCAUUCGUAUCAUCACGACCCGGCCAUAUUUCCCGAUCCGAAACGAUUCGAUCCAGAUCGCUUUGCACCGGAAUCGAUCAACAGCCGUCACAGUUACGCGUUUCUACCGUUUGGAGAAGGGCCAAGGAAUUGCAUCGGCAUGCGAUUUGGACUGUUGGAAGUAAAGUUUGGCAUUGUGCAGCUGCUAAGCAAAUUGUGUCUCAGUGUUGAUCGGCGAACAAUAGUUCCCCUGAAGCUAUCAAAAAGUUCUGGCUUUCCAGAGGCAGAAGGAGGAAUUUGGUUGAAAGCGUCACGAGUUUAG